CCCAGCAUUCCUCCCAGCGCACGCCGCCGCCCGGGCCGCGCUAUUCCGAAAUUGGGUCCGCCCUCUCGUCGCCCCCGGCCUGCUCCUACGCUCUUCGCAGGUCGCUCACCUCCGCCUCCCCCCGACGCAGCCCCCCGGGUCGACCCGCGUUUACCUCAGGGCGAGGUCUAGGCGCUCGGCCCCGCGGCGGCGGCGGCGGCGGCGGCGGCCCCACCGCAGGUUCUUAGGUCCCCGUCACUCCGCCGCCAAGUUCCCCAACACGGACUCCGUGCGCUUUGAGGUGUUACGAGGGCGCUGGAGCACUGGCUCCGCUGGCCCUGCCAGGAGGCGGCGGCGAAACAGGGAGCGACCCGGAAUGCGUUUCUCUGCCCAGCCUGCGCCCCUGCAGCAUCCACUCCUCGCCUCUGCUGGCCUCGGCCCUCGCUCGCUGCGUUCACCGGAGCCCACCCGAGCCGACAGUGGCGCGCUAAGGGAGAAGCUCGGCAACGUGGAGUCGGUUUAUGUCAUCGACCCUGAAGAUGUGGCUCUUCUCUUUAAGUCCGAGGGCCCCAACCCAGAACGGUUCCUCAUCCCGCCCUGGGUCGCCUAUCACCAGUAUUACCAGAGACCCGUAGGAGUCCUGUUGAAGAAGUCGGCAGCCUGGAAGAAAGACCGGGUGGCCCUGAACCAGGAGGUGAUGGCUCCAGAGACCACCAAGAACUUUUUGCCCCUGUUGGAUGCAGUGUCUCGGGACUUCGUCAGUGUCCUGCACAGGCGCAUCAAGAAGGCGGGCUCUGGAAAUUAUUCAGGGGACAUCAGUGAUGACCUGUUUCGCUUUGCCUUUGAGUCCAUCACUAACGUCAUUUUUGGGGAGCGCCAGGGGAUGCUGGAGGAAGUAGUGAACCCCGAGGCCCAGCGAUUCAUUGAUGCCAUCUACCAGAUGUUUCACACCAGCGUCCCCAUGCUCAACCUUCCCCCAGACCUGUUCCGUCUGUUCAGGACCAAGACCUGGAAGGACCAUGUGGCUGCAUGGGACGUGAUUUUCAGUAAAGCUGACAUAUACACCCAGAACUUCUACUGGGAAUUGAGACAGAAAGGAAGUGUUCACCACGAUUACCGUGGCAUCCUCUACAGACUCCUGGGAGACAGCAAGAUGUCCUUCGAGGACAUCAAGGCCAACGUCACGGAGAUGCUGGCAGGAGGGGUGGACACGACGUCCAUGACCCUGCAGUGGCACUUGUACGAGAUGGCACGCAACCUGAAGGUGCAGGAUAUGCUGCGGGCAGAGGUCUUGGCUGCGCGGCGCCAGGCCCAGGGAGACAUGGCUACGAUGCUGCAGCUGGUCCCCCUCCUCAAAGCCAGCAUCAAGGAGACACUAAGACUUCACCCCAUCUCCGUGACCCUGCAGAGAUAUCUUGUAAAUGACUUGGUUCUUCGAGAUUACAUGAUUCCUGCCAAGACACUGGUGCAGGUGGCCAUCUAUGCUCUGGGCCGAGAGCCCACCUUCUUCUUCGACCCGGAAAAUUUUGACCCAACCCGAUGGCUGAGCAAAGACAAGAAUGUCACCUACUUCCGGAACUUGGGCUUUGGCUGGGGUGUGCGGCAGUGUCUGGGACGGCGGAUCGCUGAGCUAGAGAUGACCAUCUUCCUCAUCAAUAUGCUGGAGAACUUCAGCGUUGAAAUCCAACACCUCAGCGAUGUGGGCACCACAUUCAACCUCAUCCUGAUGCCUGAAAAGCCCAUCUCCUUCACCUUCUGGCCCUUUAACCAGGAAGCAACCCAGGAGUGAUCAGAGAGGAUGGCCUGCAGCCACAUGGGAGGAAGGCCCAGGGGGUGGGGCCCAUGGGGUCUCUGCAUCUUCAGUCGUCUGUCUCCAGCCCUGCUCCUUUCUGCCCAGCCUGCUGAGCAGGUAGAAUGGGUUCUCAGUGGUCACCUUCCUCAGCUCAGCUGGGCCACUCCUCUUCACCCACCCCAUGGAGACAAUAAACAGCUGAACCAUG